GCUGCCGGUCAGACUUUUUCUUUCAAAUUCAAAUCUAUUCUUCUUCUUCUUCUUUCUCCAAAUCCAACCUCAACUCUCUCUCUCUUUCUCACACACACACCCACAGACGCACACGCACACACUUUUUAACUUGUUUUUCCCAAAGAGAAAAAUAAAUGCUGGCAGUUCAAUCUCCAAUCUCCGGGCAUCAGCGGCCGAGAAGCGGCCGCAAACCGCUCCAGCCGAAGAACUCGUGGUCGAAUCCUUUGGACACGAAGCCAAAUAUAAAAGCUGCAGCUGCAGUUUGUUUCGAGGUAGAUGAGAAUAACAAGGAGAAUAUUUUCUCCACCCCUGUAAAAAAAGAGUGUUUUGAGAUCGAGUUGUUGGAUGCAUCUCUGGCGGAGGAGCUGAGCGCCAUCCGCGAGAGGCUCGAGAGACUGCGGAUUGAUAAGGAGAGAACUGAUGAGAUGCUGAGAGAGAGAUCCCUCUUUCUGGAUUCCCAGAUGAAGGAGAUCGUUGACAGAGGGAUGUUGCAGAAGCAGCUCGAGAUCGAGGUUGAUCGCUUGUUCCGAUUGAGGGAGAUCAAGCUAUCCUGCACCAAGAGCGUAUCACCGCUUCGCUCAUUGAGAGAGAAGGAGCACGCUAAAAAGAUGCAUCAACUCGAGGCCAAUGGAAACAGGGAAGAAAAACUGACUCCGAAUUCACAAGUAAAGACUGAGAAUUAAAGGAAUACUCUUUCAUCUUCGCCAUUUCUGUUUUUCCUCUGGAAAAAUCAGAGCCUUAUUCUCAUUAGUAAAUAUAAUUUGAUUUUAAAAUGUUUGUAUUGUAUUGCAUUGUAUUGUAUUGUAUGGCAAUGAGCAAGUCUUUUUUAUUUUUAA